AUUAUGGUUCCCUCCAGACCAUUCCCGGAGCCAAUCCUGGCUUAGGAGGGAAUAGGGGGAGGGCACACUUUGGUAGGGUACAGUUAGGGGGACAGUCCCAGCUCUAUAGGCGUGCAGGCCCCCUCCCUCUGUCCCUGAGGAAGAAGCAAUAGGAGUCAGUUUUUCUCCUCCCCCUCCCAUCGCUGCUGAGCUGGGCCUGGGCUGCCAGGAGGUUGUCUUGGCAACGGGAGGCGGAGAGGAGAUGCGCUGAGGGAUGGAGGUGUAUGUCACCGCAGAGGCUGCUGUGUUCCUGCCCCACGCCCCAGGCCCUUGAAGCCACCCGCGGUCAGCAGCCCAGAGAGGCCCAAGGGAUGAGGACACCACAGCGCGCUGCGACGUCCUCGCUGCCAGAGCCGGGCCGAGCCUGACGUCUGUCCUAUCCACGUGCGCACCGGCCUCCAAGGGAGCAGCCGGCCAGUGGCUGCCGCAUGGAACGUCUGCAGAAGCAACCUCUUACCUCCCCGGGGAGCGUCAGCUCCUCCAGAGACUCCAGUGUGCCCGGCUCUCCCUCCAGCAUCGUGGCCAAGAUGGACAACCAGGUGUUGGGCUACAAAGACCUGGCUGCCAUCCCCAAGGACAAGGCCAUCUUGGACAUUGAGCGACCUGACCUCAUGAUCUACGAGCCUCACUUUACCUAUUCCCUCCUUGAACACGUGGAGCUGCCUAGAAGCCGGGAGUGUUCGCUGUCACCCAAAUCCACAUCUCCCCCACCGUCCCCAGAGGUGUGGGCAGAGAGCCGGACGCUCGGAAUCAUCUCUCAGACUUCAACACCAAGGACCACAGGGACCCCCAGGACCAGCCUGCCCCAUUUCCACCACCCUGAGACCACCCGACCAGAUUCCAACAUCUACAAGAAGCCACCUAUCUACAGGCAGAGAGAAUCCAUGGGAGGCAGCCCUCAGAGCAAGCACCUCAUCGAGGACCUAAUCAUCGAGUCGUCCAAGUUCCCUGCGGCACAGCCCCCGGACCCCAACCAGCCAGCCAAGAUAGAGACCGACUACUGGCCGUGUCCCCCGUCGCUGGCCGUUGUGGAGACAGAAUGGAGGAAACGGAAGGCCUCUCGAAAGGGGGCAGAGGAAGAGGAGGAGGAGGAAGAUGACGACUCUGAAGAGGAGAUUAAAGCCAUCAGAGAGCGGCAGAAAGAGGAACUCAGUAAGGUUACUUCCAACCUGGGAAAGAUGAUCUUGAAAGAAGAGAUGGAAAAGUCGUUGCCCAUCCGGAGGAAAACACGCUCUCUGCCUGACAGGACACCCUUCCACAGCUCCUUGCAUUCGGGAACAUCUAAGUCCUCUUCCCUUCCUUCCUAUGGCAGGACCACCCUGAGCCGGCUACAGUCCACAGAGUUCAGCCCAUCGGGUAGUGAGGCUGGGAGUCCAGGCCUGCAGAACGGAGAGGGCCAGAGGGGGAGGAUGGAUCGGGGGAACUCCCUGCCCUGUGUGCUGGAGCAGAAGAUCUACCCCUAUGAGAUGCUGGUGGUGACCAACAAGGGGCGAACUAAGCUGCCUCCAGGUGUGGACCGCAUGAGGCUUGAGAGGCAUUUGUCCGCAGAGGACUUCUCUAGGGUCUUCGCCAUGUCUCCCGAGGAGUUCGGCAAGCUGGCCCUGUGGAAGAGGAACGAGCUCAAGAAGAAAGCGUCCCUCUUCUGACAUCCCUGCUGGCUAGCCCUGUCUGUGACAGCACUUUCCCUCUGCUGCUUCAAGGCCCUGAAGCUGGGGCUGUGAGACCCCAGAGCAUCUUCUUCCUCUGCUGGCCGGAAGCAGCAGGAGGCAGGGCAGAAGCUUUGGGCUCUGUUCCUCAGGGAGAGAGAGAGCCAAGAAGUGCACAGUCCCAGAGUCAUGAGGCAUGGACUUCUUCCCCAUGAUGGGCCAGGGCCGGGGGUCCUUAUCUUUUCCCUGGGCUCCACUGCCUAGCCAAACCCAGCCCAGACUUCCGGCACACAGUCAACUUUUGCACCCUUUCCCUGUCUGUCACCCGACAAGAAGGUCCCCACAAGAGGGUGAGGAGAAAUGAAGGGGGACUUAGUGGUGAGGUCUGUCUGCUGUCCUGUACAGGGGGUAGACUUGGCCAGGCAGGGGCAGCUCUGGGACCCUGUGCCUGUCCACCCAAAGGCUCCAGCCGCCUGCGUUCCUGACAGCUCCUUGCACCUGGGCCCGA